UGUAUUCUUUGACACAAGAAGGCGGGAUUUACCAGGAAAUGCUCUUGGUUUCCUGUAAAUGUAACUCCGCACCAGAAGCUUCACAAGGAAAUGCUUUUACUUUCGAUUUUUUUGCACCGUCGUGUGACCCUCGCUCGUCGUUUUUGUGCUUGACCAAAGGCAAGUCAUGGAAGAUUACCAAAGGUUUGCUCCGUUGCUGCCAGAGGGGGCUGAGGUUCUAAAACACUGUCGCUCUGCAUUUUGCUAUGCGCUAGAAGGAAAAUUUCAAUGUACUGCUCAGAUUCACAAUGUGGAGGAUGGUGCAGCUUCAUCCUUUUCCCACAGCAAAGCAAAUAUUGUGCCUGAGAUUAGGUACCACAAACAGAUUUCUAAAAAUCUGAAGGUAUCCGUGUGGAAAGAUGAUCUUACUACACAUAAGGUUGAUGCAGUGGUAAAUGCAGCUAAUGAGUAUUUAAGUCAUGGUGCAGGCCUCGCUCUAGCUCUGAGUCAAGCAGGAGGUCGUGUGAUCCAGGAGACUAGCAAGGAAAUCAUAAAACAAGUGGGCAAAGUCCCCACAGGUAAAGUUGUUGCCACCCCAGCUGGAAAUCUCCCUUGUAAAAUGGUCAUACAUGCCGUUGGACCCUGUGUAUCAAAAGGUGCAACAUCGAGAGAACUUCAGGAAGCAUCAGCACUUUUAGAGAAAACUAUAGUGAACAUCUUGAGAAAAGCUGAGUAUGACAGUAUGCAAUCUGUUGCGAUCCCUGCAAUAAGCUCAGGAAUUUUCAAUUUUCCACUGUCAAAAUGUGCCGACAUCAUUGCAACAACUGUAAAGGACUGCAGUGAAAAACGCAUGCCAGGAGCCAGGACCCUCGAAGUUCGCCUGGUGAAUAAUGACAGUCCAUCAGUUCAUCAGAUGGAGAGAGCUUGCUGCCAAUUUCUGGGAUCAAGUGACCCACUUCCAAAAAAAAACCAAGUCAAUGCAAAAACCCAGUCUCCAUUUCCCAGUCUGGAUCUGGGGAACGUGACCCUCUGCCUCAAAAAAGAUGCCAUUGAGAAUGAGACAAGUGACGUCAUUGUGGACACGAUAGGCCAAGAUUUAAAUUUAUCAAGCGGGCAGGUUUCAUGUGCUCUACUGAAAAAAGCUGGCCAGAAGAUGCAAGAGGAAAUAAAACAGUUUAAACAUGGAUUGGCUUCUGAAGGUGACAUUAUUGCAACUUCUGGAUUUUACCUGAGCUGUAAGGAAGUGUACCACAUUGUCUGUUCAACAACCAAAUGGGUCAAACAGAUUCUUCAGUCAGGGAUAAAAAAAUGCCUUUGGAAGGCAAGCUCUGAUGGUUACACAUCCAUAUCCUUUCCUGCUCUUGGGACGGGCAACCUUGGCCUUCGAAAAGAUGAAGUUUCUCAAAUUAUGACUGGUGCAGUACAGGACUUUGCUGAAACCUAUACAGGCCCGAAAAUACAAAUAUUUUUUGUAAUUUUUCCAAAGGAUACUGACACACUGAAGGCUUUUGAGAAGAAAAUAGAUUCUACUAGCACAAGACUGCAAAACUCCAGGAGCCCCAAUGGCAAAAGUCCGGGUUUUCACGACAGUCCGGACAUUAGAAAAGAACCUGCUGUUGAGAUCAUUGCCCCCUCUCCAGAGGCACUAAGAGAGGCCAAAAUGUGGUUAUACAAGAUCCUGCAUAUACACUCUGGCUGUGUGCAAAUAAAUAAUAAUAAUAUUAUGCACCUGAGCCAGAAGGAUCAUGAAAGGCUGAUGUCCCUUCAGCAUGAUUAUAAUGUUGUCAUCACAGAAUUCUUUAAAGAAGGCAGAGGAGGCAUCAUCAUCAAUGGUGAAUCUGUUGGUGUCCAUUGUGCAGCGGUGGAGGUGGAAGCCAUGUUAUGUCAGGCCCAAGAGGACUUUGCUCACAGUGAAGAGAAAGAAAUGCUGGGCGAUUUGGAUAAUUUGGGGCAAGGACAACAGAUUGACAGGAUGUCAAACAAAUUAUAUAAGAAGACUCCCCUAAUUGAGUGGGACAAGAAAGAUAAGAUGAAAUUCUUUGAAAAAUUUAAACUCAGAGUUGUAAAGGUGGAAAAAAUCGAGAACCCUGUUCUGAAGGAGCUCUUCGACUUGAACUGCAAACGUAUACAAGCUCAACCAAAGCGAUUGUACCAGUGUGUGAACGCUCAGUUCUGUGAUCUGACCUGCAGAGUGGGCUUCCAGAGAGAAUACGCACCACCUAAAGCACAAAGGGGUGGAGCUGGAAUAUACUUCACUAGUGACUUGCGCAAAGUAACAUCCCUGUGGCCGGAGAAUGAAGAGGAGUAUUUGUACAUCAUUGAAGCUCAGGUGCUCACUGGGACAGACACACAUGGUUCACCAGACCUGAUUGUGCCUCCUCCAAUCGGAAGGGACCCUCUGGUUUGUUAUGACAGUGUGACUGAUGGGAGAGACACCCACAUCAUCUUCAAUGGCCAACAGGCCUAUCCUGAGUUCCUUAUUACUUGCACAAAACAAGGCAAAGAAUCUUAUAUUUAGUUUUGUUUUAGCUAAACCCUGCAUUUUCCAUUAAAGUGUUCUGUUAAAAUUAAUAUAAUGUUUUACAUUACAUUCACCGAUCACCAAAGCCUCAUUCAAAUUUAAUUAAAGACAGAAAUGGCAGAAAUGAAACUUAAUGCUCACUAACUCUAACCAAACACUGUUACAGCAGUAAAUUGAUCAAGCCAGUAUUUAAUUCAGUGAGCUUAAAACAGAGCUUUAAUAUUGUACUAAAAACGAAGGAUUGUAUCUGCACUUUGUAAAAACACGGACGUGAUUGAAAAAAAUAAAUGGUUUUAAGGGGGAAAAAACUGGAAUUAAAUUACACAAUAUGAUCUCAACAAAACAUUUUAAUUAGCAGAAGCAGGAUAUCCUGGUGUACAUGUUGAUAAUCCUCUUUAGGAUACUAUGAGCUGUCAGGUUUUCUUUUCUGGUUUGUUUUUACUUUAGAGGUUACUGCAUCUGUUUCAGUUUCGUGGAAAUUAGAUAAGGGCUGACAAAUUCAGAGACUAUAGUUAUACGAGUAGGUUAGACGUAUUCUAAUGAUAUUUAAUAAUAAAUCUGUCUUAUUCUCUUUUUUUUCCACAUUAGAAAUGGUACAUGUAGUAAGAAAAUGAAUGAAGGUGGGACUAAGGACUGCAGACAUAUUAUUUUUUAUAAAUUUUCUAUAUUAUUUUAAAUAUUUUAUAAAAGAGCAACUCAAAAUAAUAUGCAGAUUUAUGUAGGAUUUUUGAUUGCACUUUUGGGAAGCUAAAGCUGGGAAGUUUUAUUUUUCAUUUUCAAUAUUAUAAUAGAUAAUUUUGCCGAUUAGGUGAUGGGUUGAAAUUGUGUAGUGUUUUCUGGUGUGUCUUUUAAUUACAGCAGUAAAAA